AUGAGACAGGGUCAUAGGGGAUGUGUGAGACGGGAGUCAAUCAAGGUGACGGGAGUGGAUGCGAUUGAAUGCGGUGCAACAGUGUCACGGGCAUACUCCUUUGCAUUGCAAAUCUUCGUACAGGACAAUGCAGACCGGUGUCAGGCUGAUACUUUUCCUGGUCCUGACCUGGUUUUGGGCCAGACAUGGGAAAGACACGAGACUCUGGAUCGGGAUGGGAUCAUGAAUUUGUACUGGACACCAAAUUUGGAAAGCGGGGAGAUAACAUUCGAGCUGCACGCGAAGACACAGGGAUGGGCCGGAUUGGGCUUCUCGGCCAACGGUGCCAUGACCGGAUCUGACGUCGUCGUUGGAUGGAUCAAGGAUGGACAAACCUACUUCACGGACAGACAUGCAGUGGGAAACGAGCUUUCUCUGGUGGACGAGAGUCAGGACUACGAACUCCUCUUCUCAUCCGAGGGCGAGGAGGGGUUGAUCCUCAGAUUUAAACGUCUCUUCGACACCUGCGAUGAGAACGACUUCUACAUUACAAGUGACACUUGGAGUCUGAUCUACGCAUAUGGGGAGACGGAUCCAGACGGAGAAGAUCCCUUUCAUGAAGGACGAGACCAUCGCGUACCAUCCAUGGGUAACGGAUGGAAACGAAGAAUACGUGGACCAUUUGAAGUUGAUGGUUUCACGUUGAACGAGGGUGAGGAAGAGGUUUUCGAGCAGUUCAUGCAAAAUUAUCCCCAUGGUUCCUCCUGCUUUGAUCCUGACAUUAGCUACCUGAUUGGGAAAUGCCAAAGCGUCCUCCAGGGCUGGGCCGUCAGUGGAGUGGGAGAAAAAUACCCAGAACACGCAGGCUACCCCCUUAGACCAGACUCUGAGGGACCGACAUAUUACCGAAUGGAGAUGCAUUACAACAACCCUCAGCUCAUAGACGAUAUCCACGACGAAUCCGGUCUCACCAUCUACUAUACAGACAAUCUCCGGACCUACGAUAUGGGCACCAUCGUCUUUGGCUCCCGGGUCGUCUACACUGAACUUGUCCCACCUGGAUUGGGUGACUUCAUGACUGUGGGCCACUGUCCCGGGGAAUGCACGGAGAUGUUUAUUCCUCCCGAGGGCAUUCACAUCUUCUCUGGAUUGCUGCAUUCUCAUCUCCUUGGGAGGAAGAUGAGAGCCCGAAUAUUCAGAGAUGGGGAGGAACUUCCCUGGAUCUUCCACGACGAACACUACGACUCCGAUUUCCAGCAGAGCCGCAUCCUAAGAGAGGAAUUCCUUCUUCUCCCGGGUGAUCACAUCACCGUCGAAUGCGAUUUGGAUUCGUCGGAACGAGAGGACGUGACUUUGGGGGGACUAACCGACAAUGAUGAGAUGUGUGAGUUUUUCGUCAUGUAUUACCCCAGAGUGGAGUUAAACCACUGCUCCUCCACCAUGGAAUACCAGUUCUUUCACACUCUUUUUGAACUGGGUGGAGUCCAUCUCAACACGGAAACCCUUAACUGGGAAUUGGACGGAACGAACCAGAUCCUGCAAGAGCACUUCCGAGGCUUCGAUUGGGAAAAUUUCGACGUGGAAGCAUAUCAAGAAGCAGUUCGAUUCUCUCCCCAGCAAGGUACUUGCGGAGGGGUCUCCUACUUUCUUGAAGUGAAGGAUGUGACAUUCCCGGAAUACGAGAAUGAUUACAUUCCACCGCCGAGAAAGUGCCCCGUAGGCAAUUCCGACCCUUGAGCCAUCGCCUUCCCAUCAAGAAAAUGAAAAUUCACUUAUGGUGUUUUCUGAAAGGGCGAUAGUAAAGUUUGAGAUCAUAGAAA